AUGGAUGCUACACCGACUUCGGCCCGAGUGACUAUCACUCCCACCGGCGUCACCCCUACUGGCCAAACGGGUCCCGCUACCAUCACGAGCACCCUGACUCUCACAACUAUCACCAGCAUCACUGCAGGCACCUUCGCCACUGUUCCAGCACCAGCAGGAUUCACACCUCUCGCCUCUGCCCUCGUCCGUGACAGUGCCCAGAAUGUCGGUGGUGAUUCUCCUUACAUCGAGGAGCGUUCCGUAAGGCAGCCUCUGGUACUUGGCCUCAACGCCAAAAAUGCUGCCCUUGUCGCAGACCCGCCCCUAUUCCCUCAGGUUGUCCACUGCGAGCGCGUCAUUCGCAUCUUCACCACCACCACGGUGGACAACACCAUCACUGGCGUCUUCACGACGUUCGUCACCGCACCGACGCCUAGCCAGAGUGUCCCAUCCGUCCCUGCGCAGGUCACCACAACCACCACCACGUACACUACGUCGACCGUCACUGUUGCAUCGAUGCCGACUGCGACGCUUUACGCAGCUUGCCAGUCCGAUAACCUGGUCUCGCACGUUCCUGGCAGACGCCCCAUCGUUCAAGCGGCCACCGAUUACAGCAUCACCCGUGAGAGACGCCACGCCGACUCGGCCUACGCCUGCUGCGUCUCGUGCCAGCUGGAGAACGGCUGCACGGGUAGCUUAUACUACCGCGGCGCAUGCUUUACCUUCAGGCCUUCCACCGACACCUGCGGCAACCCUGGCGAUCUUCGCUACGGCCGUAGGGCCAACUUUGAUGGCGCUUUCGUUGCCAGCAACGGAAAGUGUGGCUCUUGGAGGCUUUCUCAGACCCCUCCGUCUACAGAGUGGGAAGACGAACCUUUCGUUCGAAAGUGA